ACCCACGUAUAUCUGUUGUCCCUCUGAACAUAUCGAUUCACACAGCACUGCAGUUCCAUUGACACCCUGCAACAUCUUACACACGCCUAGCUUGGUGACCAUUCACCUCUCAAGAUGGCAUCCUCCAGCCUCCACGGCGUCUUCGACAUCCAAUCCGUCCCCCCAGCUCCAACAUACCAGCAAAGCAAAGGCAAACGACCCACCGGCGUGCUCCCAGAUGUCGAGCUCGAAUCCAUCCACGGCAAGGACUCCUUCGACCAGCCCGCGACCGGAACCCAGACGCCCAAAACCCCCCAUCAAAUCGAGGCCAGCUGCCCCCCCUCCCCCACCCAGCACGAAGACGCCGUCGGCCUGGUGCAGACCUGGAACAACCCGUCCAUGAACAAGUGGCGACUGCUGUGUUGCUGCAUGAUCUACUUCGGCAACGGGCUCAACGACGCCGUCGUCGGCGCGCUGAUCCCCUACAUGGAGGCCCACUACCACAACAGCCACACCAUCAUGUCGCUGAUCUUCAUCGGCAACGCCGUGGGCUUCAUCGCCGCCGCGCCGCUGGUCACCUGGGUGCUGGCGAAGCUGGGCCGCGCGCGCACGCUGAUCUUCGCUGAGCUGUUUCUGAUCGCCGCGUAUGUGAUGUUGGUGUGCACGCCGCCGUUUGCGGUGGUGAUUAUUGCCUUCCUGCUGAUCGGCUACGGCGCCGCGACCAGUCUGGCGCUGAACAACGUCUUCUGUGCUAACAUCCAGCCGUCGAGUGCGGUGCUGGGCGCGGCGCACGGCAGCUAUGGCAUCGGCGGGACGAUUGCGCCGAUUAUCGGCACCGCGCUGGUCUCGCAGGGCAUUCUGUGGUCGCGCUUCUACUUUGUGCUGCUCGCGCUGCGGUUCUUCUGUGUUGCGUUUGCGGCGUGGGCGUUCCGCAACUACGAGGAGGACUCGUCGGCUACGCUGCUGACUGCGCUCGAGCAGACGGCGAGCAGACAGCAGGCGGCCGAGGGCCCCGGGUCGAAGGCGAGGGAGCUCCGACUGGCGCUGCAGAACCGCGUCACGAUCUUCGGCGCGCUGUUCAUCUUUGCGUACCAGGGCGCCGAGGUCGCGCUGAGCGGCUGGAUCAUCUCCUUCCUGAUCAACUACCGCGACGGCGACCCCGCGAAGGUCGGCUACGUCACGGCUGGCUUCUGGGCGGGCAUCACCCUCGGCCGCUUCGUCCUGACCCACGCGGCGCCGCGCAUCGGCGAGCGCAACUACGUCGUCGGCCUCACGCUCGGCACCAUGGUGCUGCAGCUCCUCGCCUGGCUGACGCCCAACGUCAUCGGCAACGCCGUCGCCGUCUCGCUGCUGGGCCUCCUGCUCGGCCCCGUGUACCCCUGCGCGCAGACCAUUUUCUCGCGCUCCGUGCCGCGCCACCUGCAGACCUCGUCGAUUGGCUUCAUUGGGUCCGCGGGCAGCUCGGGCGGCGCGGUUGCGCCCUUCACCACGGGUAUUCUGGCGCAGGCGGUUGGCACGUGGGUCAUUCAUCCCGUGGCGCUGGGGCUGUAUGGCGCCAUGCUUGUGUUCCUGUUUGCGCUGCCUCGGAUGAGCAAGAGGACGGAGUAAGAGGACGGAGCAAGAUUGGCGAUGCUGGUCUAUGGAGUUUGGGGUUUGGAUUGGCGCUGCGGUGGUGCGGGAGCGAGCUAGAUUCGUCUUGACGUCACGCAUCGCUAUCUGCGUUUCCGCGCGACACUCGGGCUCCGAGCAGCGUAAUACAAAAGCGCGUUUAAUCCUUAGGAAAAGAUUCCCACUCAUCGCAGUAUAUCGCGAGUACAGCACUUCCAACCAGUGCCCGACAAUCACAGUCCCCCACAAUUCACAGUCCCAAACACUCCAAACAUGGCCGCCCUCAAAACCCUCCAAACCCUGACCAUCUCCACCGCCCUCCUCACCUCCGGCGGCAUAGCAACCCUCUCACUCUUCGACAUCCCCAUGCUACGCUCCCAGCCC